AUGUCUUUGUUUCGGAAAGAGUUGCAUUCUUGCAAUUCUUUUUUACGGUUACCUAUUUAUUUGGUUCAGCGAGAGUCAAAAUCCUCAGACUUCAAAGGUGUUGCAGGUGUUGUGACUGACAGAGUUCGUGAAGCUCACCAUAAUGGAUCUGCUCCAGUGAUGUUGCUCUUUCCAGAAGGAACUACAACCAAUGGGGAUUACCUUCUCUCGUUCAAGACCGGUGCGUUUUUGGCCGGAGCACCUGUGGUGCCUGUUAUAUUAAGUGAUUCAAUGGGAAGGUUUAAUGAUGUUAUCCAAUUGAACUACUCAGUUUUCUCAAAAUACAAGGAUCAAGUGCGUCAUGUUGUUUUUCUUCUAUGCCAAAUCGUAAAUCACAUGGAAGUGAUGCACUUACCGACCUACUACCCCUUACAGCAAGAGAAGGACGAUCCGAAACUAUAUGCUAAUAACGUCCGAAGAUUGAUGGCAACCGAGGGUAAUUUGAUUAUGUCAGAUAUAGGACUGGCCGAGAAGCGAAUGUAUCAUGCUGCUCUCAAUGGUAAUAAUCGCCUGCCUAGUGUUUUGCAUCAGAAAGACGAUUGA